AUGCGCAGCAACAUCGCCUGUUGGGAUGUGUUCAAGGCAGAGAACGAGCUCAGUGAUGCAUUUGCCUCACUCGAAUGCAGAAAGACAGGACACGCGCCGAAGUGGUCCGACUGGCAAUUGCGCUUUGCCCAGUCAAAGACGCUUCACAACCAGCUCAUCACAUCCUUCGUCGCCAACGCCGAUGGCAUGGCAGUCGGCGACCUUGGCCUUCUCGCAUCAUUGACGCCAGCAGCUGGAAGGGCAGGUCUGCUUUCCGAGCAGCUCAGCUACUUUGACCUCCAACGCAUGGAUCUGGCAGAGGGAGUGGCGGCGACGACGCCAGCCCGAGCGCUUUCACGAACUUCGAAGCCUGUCGUUUCCAGCAACGGCACCCUAAUCGCGACGCUCUCUAGCUCGCACACUGGCUCGUCAGACAAGGGGGUCGUCAUGUGGAAGCUGCCACAAUUACCGCGCGAAGCAGGUCAGGCUCUCACUGGGGCGAAUGAUACAUCAAGCCGAAUGUCACGGCUCCUGGCGCUGUCCGCCUUACGCAAAUCGGAUCCGUCCGACAUUGGCCGCGCAUUCGAAUCUGCCACUUGGCAGGGCAUGUCCGGCAAUCUCCUCAUCCAGAUCGGAGACCUGCUCAAGAUCACCGAGUCAAAACGCCAAGAUGUCCUGGUCAAGAUUGAAGGAGCCACACAGAAAGGUCCAAGCCACGACUCAAACUCCAUUCCCUUCCAUCAAGCGCUUCGACUGCUCAAGAUCCGCAUGGCGAUCGGCGUUGGAGAAGUCGCACGUCUCGAGCGACUUGUUCUCGAGCUCGGGCUGUGUUUCCAGAUGUUGCGAUUGGCGCGGAUCAAAACGCAAGUGACAGUAAAUCCGACGCCACCACCAGCCGAAAGCGGCAAGAAGAAAGCCGGAGCUGCCGCCAAAGCUGUUACCACCACAGCCGAGACGCGCGAUCGAGUAUACUACCGCCUGGAGAGCGUCUGGCCAUUGAUCGCGCAGCUGCAGUGGUUCUUGACGCUGCUGGACAGGGUCAGCAAGCUGGCGAUUGCGAACAGUGAUGCGCCAUCGAAGUCGGAGAGCUCCGACUCUUUCGAGAUGGACUUUGUGCGCAUGCUCAACAAGCCAACGCCGCGACGGCUGGUGCUGCAGAUUCUGGCGCACUUUUGCGACUUCCGAGAGUGGACCGCCAGUACGACCCGGAAGGAGAAUCUGCCACCUGCGACGACGGGCGAGGAGAUGGGAGACGCGACAAGUGACAAGGUUCUAGCUGUCAGCGAGCAGAUGGCGCUUGCGAGGGACGCGUUGAAUCGUGUAGUCGGCGAUGCGGCUGUCGAUCUGAUCGAGUUUACACAUCUGCUAGUCAAGAUCGAGAUGGAGGCGACUGAGGGUGGAGCAGGUGGAGCAUCGGGCGUGAGUCAGAGCCGGGAAGUCGAUCGGUUCUGGUGGGCCACGCUGGACGGUAGCAAGGUGGAUCAACCCGGUGCCGAUGUCAAGGUCGAGUCCGACGCUGCCAACGGAUUGCAUGCCAAGCUGUUGAGUGCAGUAGUCGAUCCCAAGUCGGGCGCCUUGGUCGAUGUGCUGUCGCUCUUCAUUUCGCCAGAGGACCUCUCGGACGAGCGCAAUGUGCUUCACGAGAAGGGCGCAGAUGACAGUUCAGUCGGUGCAGCAACAGGCAAAGUUUCGACAUUGUUGGACGCUCUUUCCGCCAUGUCAGCCAAGCGUACCGACGACGAAGCGCGACGCGACAUCGUCCGCAAGGUUUCGCUUUCCAACGCAUUGACCCAGUCGGCCAUCCACAACGACGCCGCGACGCUACUGCGCACUCAGCCCACGACAACGGUACCGAGUACAGACACGGAAAGCAGUCUGGUCAAGAUCAACGUGAUGCGAGCCAAACGGUGCGUCCGCUGCUCGGCGCUCUCCCAAGAUCCGGUCACCGUCACCUACGCCGUCCCGCACCCGACCCCUUCGCAGGGCAAUCCGGCAUUCACGGUCGAUCCGAGCUUGCCACCCCAGGUGCAGAUGCAGGUUCAAAUGCAAAUGCAGAUGCAAAUGCAGAUGAUGCAGAUGAUGCAGAUGCAGCAGGCGGCGGCGGGGCAGCAGGGAGGCGCGCAGGGCAUGCCGUCGUUCGUUCCGCCCAUGAUGGGCAUGCUUCAACCUCAGCCACGCGUGAUAUCGAUCGAGAUGGGCAGUCAAGCGUCGGAAUCAGACACCUGUGUCUGCGGUGGACACUGGUGGGUUCUCUAA